GCUGAACAUCAAGCUUUGCAAAGUUUGAAACACAGUAAGAAUCAAAUUCAACUUCUAGUAUUUUGUCAUCCAAACGAAUUCCUGAUUCGCAAACAUGAAUUCCUGCAACAUGCGCGCCUGUGUGCUAUAACUCAUUUCUGCAACUGGUUAGGCUUGGCAGUGUCAGGCCUAUCAUUAACAAUGCUCAACCUUGAUAAACUCAUUUAUUUUCAAUGGCCACUAAGCUACGAUCGUGCAAUGUCGAAAAAAAGAGCUUCCAUUUUAUGUGCUUUCAUUUGGAGCAUUUCAAUAGGAUACGUAACGUUGGUUUGGAUGUUCAAUGUUGUUUACAUUGGUAAAAACUGCAAUUUGCAAAUGACUAGUGAUCAAAUGUAUUUUUACGACGUAUUUAUGCUAACUUACUGUGUACUGCCAGUGACCUCAUCUCUAAUCGUCAGUGGUUAUCUGUAUCAACUUACCCGUGAAAAACGUCAUAAUGGAGUUUCUGUUGGGCAGUCGCAGAAAUUUAAGAAUAAAAUGAAAUCACUGGUGUUUAUUUUCGCCACAACAGCAUGGACAUCAUUCAGCCUAUUACCAUACCGCAUUUUCAACAUUUGCCGAAUGCACCUGUUCGAAUGGAAUACUCUAGACUGCGAUACACAGUCCAAAAUGAAUUGGCUUGCUUAUGUUCUGCUCUACCUACUUUUCUUGAAUCCGAUAAUCAAUCCAUUGAUAACCGCAUUAAUAUAUGCACCGUAUCGAGUAACACUAAAAAGAUUUUUAUUCAGCAUUCCUAACAGAAAUCGUCUGUUAUAUAGCUGUCGUGAUAAUCAAACUGAUUUAAGCUAUACAUGGGUCUGUAACAGACGAUCUCGAGGAUGUCGUGAGUCGGAGAUAACUUUGGAUCAUGAAAUGGUGAACUUGAAUCUAACAACGGAAACUGGAAAAAAUGUUGAUAUUUCAAGCGAAAGUUCAUAG